AAAAAAAAAACAAAAAGAAUGGAGUAUAUAUUGGAGCAAUAGUCAUCGAUUGUAGUAGCUAAAUACUAGUAUUUUGCUUGUGUAGUCUCUCGACUCUCUCCACUACACAAACACAAACAAAAAUAUUCACAAAACAUAUGCUUCUUGGAAUCCUAAAUCUUCCUUCUUAUUUUUCUUCUUUGUUGUUUCAUUUCUCUGAUCCAUUGAUUUUGAAGUAAAAUUCUCACCAUCAUCAUCAGAAAAGAUGAUCAGUUUAUCAGAUUUCUAUCAUGUCAUGACAGCAGUGGUACCACUAUAUGUAGCUAUGAUAUUAGCUUAUGGUUCUGUAAAAUGGUGGAAAAUAUUCUCACCUGAUCAAUGUUCCGGUAUCAACAGAUUUGUUGCUUUGUUCGCUGUACCACUUCUAUCCUUCCAUUUCAUCUCUACAAACAAUCCAUACACCAUGAACGUACGUUUCAUUGCAGCUGAUACACUUCAAAAGCUCAUGGUUUUAUCAGUAUUAUUCGUUUGGUGUAAGCUAAGUAAAAGAGGUUGUUUAGAAUGGACGAUAACAUUAUUCUCUGUUUCAACACUUCCAAAUACUCUUGUCAUGGGUAUUCCAUUACUCAAAGGAAUGUAUGGUGAAUUCUCUGGUAGUUUAAUGGUUCAGAUUGUUGUUCUUCAAUGUAUUAUUUGGUAUACUUUGAUGUUGUUCUUGUUUGAAUACAGAGGAGCUAAGUUGCUUAUAACUGAACAGUUCCCUGAUACUGCUGGUUCAAUUGUAUCAAUAACAGUUGAUUCUGAUGUCAUGUCUUUAGAUGGUAGACAUGAUUUAUUAGAGACUGAAGCUGAGAUUAAGGAAGAUGGUAAACUUCAUGUCACUGUUAGGAAAUCAAAUGCAUCAAGGUCUGAAAUCUUUUCAAGAAGAUCACAUGGUUUUUCAUCAACAACACCAAGACCAUCAAAUCUAACUAAUGCAGAAAUCUAUUCACUUCAAUCAUCAAGAAAUCCAACUCCUAGGGGUUCAAGUUUUAAUCACACAGAUUUUUAUUCAAUGGUUGCUGGUGGUAAUGGUGUUGCUGGUAGAACUUCAAAUUUUGGUGCUUCUGAUGUUUAUGGACUUAACAAUACAUCAAGAGGUCCAACUCCAAGACCAUCAAACUAUGAAGAUGAUACUAAUAACAAAUCAAGAUUUCAUUAUCAUGCUCCUACUGGUACACAUUAUCCUGCUCCUAACCCUGGAAUGUUUUCUCCUCCUACUGCUUCAAAACCUGUUCCUGGCUCUACCACUACUGCUACUCUCACAAAUACUGUUAAUAAUAGUACUACUGCUGCCAAAAAGCCUAAUGGUGGUGGUCAAGUACAAAAAUCUGAAGAAGGAACAAAAGACCUUCAUAUGUUUGUUUGGAGUUCAAGUGCUUCUCCUGUUUCUGAUGUUUUUGGUGGUGGUCAAGAUUAUGGAGCUAUUCAUCAAGAUCAGUCCACUAAAGAAGUUAAAAUGGCUGUUUCCCCUGGCAAAGGUGAUCAAGUUCAUCAUAAUAUGCAUCAUCAUCAUCAUCAACAACAAGAAGAGUAUUUAGAAAGAGAGGAAUUCACUUUUGGGAACAGAGGAGUAGGAGUUGAAAUGGAAGAACCUACAAAGAUCAGUGAUAGUAGAGGAAAAGCAAUGCCACCAACCAGUGUCAUGACAAGACUUAUCCUGAUCAUGGUUUGGAGAAAACUCAUCAGAAAUCCAAACACUUAUUCAAGUUUAAUUGGUUUAAUCUGGUCUCUUGUUUGUUUCAGGUGGCAUGUUGAGAUGCCAGCCAUUAUAGCCAAGUCCAUUUCCAUACUGUCUGAUGCAGGUCUUGGCAUGGCCAUGUUCAGUCUUGGGUUAUUCAUGGCAUUGCAACCAAGGAUCAUAGCAUGUGGGAAUUCCAUAGCAGCUUUUACUAUGGGUGUGAGAUUCCUUGCAGGCCCAGCUGUUAUGGCAGCUGCUUCUUUUGCUGUUGGUCUUAAGGGUGAUCUCUUACAUGUCGCCAUUGUACAGGCAGCUCUACCACAAGGAAUUGUCCCCUUUGUAUUUGCUAAAGAAUAUAACGUACAUCCUGAUAUCCUCAGCACUGGGGUUAUCUUUGGGAUGUUAAUUGCGCUACCAAUAACACUGGUUUACUACAUUCUGUUGGGGCUUUAAGAUGAAAGUUUCAGCCUUAAAACCACCUGCAGUUUCCUGGUGGUUUUCAAUUGAUCCGGAUAAUAUAUAAAAUUAGGCAUCGAGAUAACCGAAAGAACUCGAAGACAACCGGAAAGUGAGCUUAAGAAAUGAAUGGAAUGAGCAAUGUUGGUAAACUGAAUGGGAAAUAUUUGAUUAGUGGUUCUAAUAUAGUGAGUUUAGGAAUUGUGUUUACUCUUGCUUAGUAAAAAAAAACAUGUGUAAAAUCUUUUUCUUAAUUUUUGUUUUGUUGAUUCUCCAAUUAAUUAAUUAAUUAAUUAAUCACUUUUGGAUUUCAUUAA